AUGUUGUUUGAGAAACUCAAGAUCUAUAACACUCCGGCCAAAUUAUUGGAGAAAUUGCGUGAAGUUCGCAAGCAAUAGGAACAGGAAGAAUAAUAGGGAUCGUAAAACAAGGUCCCAGAAACAUAGAAGAUCGGUACUACGACUUAGCCCUUAUCUAGCGAGGCAAUCGAGUUAACGAAGCACGUGGACCAGCCUUAAUCAGAAGUCUCCCAUCGUUAAAUCGCAACUCGACAUUGUGAAAAUGCGAAUGCCAUCCACCAAAAUGAAUUCAUGUACUCGUAUUACAGAGAUACCUAUACGAUAGAGGAUGCAAAUGCAUACUGCUCGCAUCAAUGACACCGAAGAACUGAAGGAGAUGCAACAGAACCUGAGGAUGGAGACAAUGCAGGAUCUCUAUCAAGGAGAUCAGAAACUCAUCGAUCAACUAAACGAGGAAGCCCAAGUUUUAUCACAAAGACUCGCCAUCAAGGAGGAGAUUAGUCCUGUGCGUCCAUUUAAUCGUAAACAUCAUUAACCAAAUUAAACUCAAAGACCAUAGAGAAGAGGUGCUACGGUAAUAGCUCCUACAAAACUUGAAGAUCUCAAGAGACAAUAACCUUAUCUCUAUGAGGAUCGUCAGGAUCUACCCUAUGAUGAUUUAUCAGAUCGAGGAAAGUUUCUAAAAAAUUAUAGAUUGGGGAAGUAAGUUACUUUUAUCCUACAUGAAUAGUAAAAACCUACAGAAGAUAAAUCAAAAGGACUUCAGAAGCACUGCCAAAAAUUUCAAGAAACUAGAAGAAUAUGCUUAAUUCUAUAAACAACAACCCAACAUCUAUUUGCAAUUAAAUAAGAGCUCACAAGGUAUUAAUUUUAUAUUGAGCCUCAGUCUACAAUAUCUUUCAAUCUGGUCUUGGCUUAAUUAAUUCCAAUUACACAAUCCAAACUGCUGAAUCCCAGGGAAUGUUGAGGAAUGAGUCUAAAAUCAGGGUAUUCACAGAAGCUCUCUAGUCUCCUCAAUGCAAAUAGAUCACUCAAUUGAAACUCAGUCACAAUCAAUUAACCUCACCAAAAAUCAAGAGUUUGGUCGACAACUUCCCUCAACAAAUCCAAGAUCUGGAUCUCAAUAAUAAUGGAUUGGAUUCCAAAGCCUGUGAAACCUUGGCCAAGUACAUGCAGAAAUCAAGAGUGAAGAAACUCUCAUUGGAAAACAAUAAGAUUGGAGACUUAGGGGCCAACUAUCUCUUUGUGGCUUUGCAAGACAAUGAUUACCUGACCUUAUUAAAUCUGAGUCGCAACAAUCUGACAGGUAAUUUUACGAUUAUUCCAAUUUAGACAAUUGUACCAAUGAUCUAUCCAACUAUUUGAAGAAAUCAAAUGUACUUUUUGAAUUAUAUUUACACUUCAAUUCCAUUAAUAGUAAAGGAGGCGUUAACAUUUGGAAAGCUCUUUACAAGAAUUCAAGUGUAAAAGUGUUUGAUAUAUCAUACAAUCGCACAGCUUCAUUUGAGUGUGCUCAAUAAAUGGCCAAAGUCAUUGCUAAACCAUAUCCUGAAUUGAUGCACAUAGAUGUGUCACAUAAUGGAUUCGAUGAACCCUCCUCUAUUGAAAUAAUGAAGGCGCUGAAUGUUAACCAAAAUAUUUAUGGGUUUCAUUAUGAAGGAAAUUGUCCCAAAUUUGCUGUUGAUGCUACUGGUCAUCUCAGAGACACAGAAGCAGAAGAAUUAAUUAGACAGAAAAAAAUAGAGGAAUGCAGAAAAAACCCAUAAACUUCACUUCGAUUAUUGGAUGAUGAUGCUCCUGUUUAACCGAAAAAGAUUGUCCAAAAAAAAGAAGAAAUACAUUAGGUUCAUAGAUUUAGAAGGAUUUGGGGAAUGAAACCUGUUAAAUAGAAUCAAUAAUUUGAUAAACAAAGAGAUUCCUGUUGGAUCUGUGAAGGAUGGGAAGAAGUCAAAUUCACUUGGAGUCCAGGCAAAUCUGGAGGUAUGAACAAUGAUCCAAUCUUUUUGCAUGUCAACUUUGAUGGUUAUCGUCCUGUUCUAAUGAACCCUCAUCAAGGAGAAUAUCAUUUAUAUAGAAUGUGUCCACCCAAUCAAAGGAUUCUGUAUUUCUUCAGUAAUCCAAUUCUUGGAAUCUAAACAACCGCAAAAAAUUAAAUGAUUAUGCAAACUCCUUAAAAUGACCCCAUCUCUCAAGGUUUACAAGAAUUCCUUUAUAACGGAGAUAUCUUAAUUGAAGGUAACAAAAUGACUUUUGUGAAUGAAGUAUUCACUGAAGGAAAACAUACUGUAGUUGAUAAAUAUGUUCCUAAGAUAUUCAGUAAACCCAGAGAGGAGGAACGAACAUACGAUUUAACUUAGUACAUGAAUAAAAAACAAGCAUUCUGGAGUUAUGAAAUCUCAAUAUUCAAAAAUUACCAACCUGAUAAUGAUGAAUUAAUUGAUGAAUGCUUUGAAUAUGAUUUUCAGACUUCAAAAAUUAACAGGAUAGUCCGUGAUCCUUAGGAAUUGAUGGAGGUUAAGGAAAUCCUAAGGGAAUAUUACCCAUAUAUCUUUGCUAGUUUUAAAUUCUAUGCUUCUACUCUGAUUGGAGCCAGUGUAAAAUAGUUGAUUUAUAUGAUUAGAUUCCCUGUAUAUCAUCGAAUGCGUUUUUUGAUUUUAUUGGUUAGACUACAGUGUUGACUGACAAAUUCAGACCUGGAGACAUUGAUUUAAAUUUCAUAUCUACAUCAAAUGUCAAGGAUAUUCAAUAUCCGAAUGUUUAUGAGAAGGCAUUAGUAAGAUACCAAUUUAUGGAAGUACUCGUAAGAAUAGCUUUGGAUAAGUAUACUCGAACUGGAAUAUGUAAAUCAAUGAAAUUGAGCGUCCUGAAGUUAUUUGAAGAUGAUUUAGUCAAGGCCAGAUUGCAAGAGAUUGAUCGAGCUCAGGAUUGGAGAGAUAUGAGAUUGUGGAAUGAGCAGAGCGAUAUGUUAAUAAGUAACAAAGCAUGAUUAAUAAUUUAGAGGAUCGAUUGCCCAUGCUGAAAUUAUUAUUUAAAUAUACAUCCAAGUUGAAUCCUAAGUAGAAAUUUUAUAAACACACUUGGAUUCAAUUUAAGGAUUUCAGAGAUCUGAUGCUCAGAUGCGAUUUGUAUUGUGACAUCUUUGUUGAAAGAGAUGCCUAUUUGGCAUAUUUGUUAUCGAUGCAAACCCAAGUAGAUGAGCUAUAUAGUUUGAGACAUUUUUAAAUGGAAUUCUAUGAGUUUAUAGAGGCCUUGUGUAGAUGUGCUGAGAAACUAUCAUUAAUCAGAACUAAGGACAUCUUGAGUAUAGAUGACAGGAGACAAGAACCACUCCACAAGAAGAUCGAUGCCUUUUUGCUCCUCAUCUACUUGAGGGCUGGAGACGCUAUCAAACAGUAAUUGAAGGAGGCUGAAGAUUUUACUGAUUUUGAUAAGUGUAUGACCAGAAAGCAAAAGACCUUAUAAUAAUAGAUAGAGGAGAUGGGGAGUGAGGAAGAGGAUAAACCUUAUAAUCCAGCAGUGGAGGCUUCGUCAUUGGAGGAACAAUUGAAGCAAGUCCCAGUGCAGACAAUUUAAACUGGGUCCAAAUUGAAGAAGGCCUUGUCUUUCUUCUCUGUUAUAAAGUAGAUGCAACAGCAGAAGCAAUUGAAAUCGAAUUUCUUAUUGACUAAUGUUGUGUAGUACUUUAAGCAAAGAGAGGAGGAAAUGUUACAGAAUGAGAUGGAAUAAGCGUGA